UCUUCACUACACACCAAAAUCAAUUCAAUCCUCCCCUGGAUCUUUCUGGUUUCUUCACCCCAUCAUCAUCAACAACUCUGCUAUUAUAUACUGCUAUCCAUAUCCCACUUCCUUCAUUAUCUAUCUUUCUAUCUAUCUAUCUAUCUAUCUAUCUAUCUUUCUCCUUUGAUUUGAUAUUGUACUACUAUUAUGAUUAGUAACUUCUUCCCAUUUAGAUACAUUCAUAUUUAGAUACAUAGAUACAUAGAGAGAUAGAUAGAUAUACUUUUCAUGAAGUAGUAGUAACUAACUAGCUUCUAGUGUAUGCCUUAAAGCUAGGGUUUUUGUUAUUAUUCCACUGAGAUCAAGAUCAGUAUAGUAAGAUCACAAUUUCCAUAGAUGUUUCCUUCUAGUUUCGGUAGUUAUAGCUCUUACCCUUGUUACCCUUCAUCUUCUUCUUCUUCACCAUACCCUCCUUUCCCUUUCUUUAACCCUGAAAACAAUAAUAAUGGUGCUAAUAAUUCAAACAACAACAACUGCAACAACAACAACAACACUUUCCUUCAUGAUCCAAUUUCUAAUAAUGCUACUACUACUACUACUGUUAUUCCUUACCAUCAUCAUGCUCCAACAAUCCCAGAAAGUGCACUGAUGACAAAUUUGGCAGUGGCUGAUGCAAUGUUCAAGCAAGAGUACUUCACUGCUGCUGCUGCUGGUGGUUCUUCACACCACCAUCAUCAUCAUUAUGGAAUGUCAAGUUUGAUAACAAAGAGGCCAGCACCAAAGAAAGAUAGGCACAGCAAGAUUCACACUUCUCAGGGCUUGAGGGACAGAAGGGUGAGGCUUUCUAUUGAGAUUGCACGCAAGUUCUUUGAUCUUCAAGACAUGUUAGGGUUUGAUAAGGCCAGCAACACUCUUGAGUGGCUCCUAACAAAGUCAAAGAGAGCAAUUAAGGAGUUAGCUAGAAGCAAGAACAGUAGCAGUGGUAAUAACAAUGGUGGUGUUGCCAAUAAUAACAGCUUCUCUUCUUCCUCUUCUGAUGGGGCUGAUGAUGAUGAAGUUGACUCAGUCAUCAACCAACAACAACUCACUGAUAAUAUGGAUGGUACUCAUGAACAAGGGGGUGUGGAUUCAUUAGAGAGGAGGCUGAGAAGGGAUCAACAGAAGGAGGAAGAAUCAAGGGCAAAGAUGAAGGAAUCAAGGGAAAAAGCAAGGGCAAGAGCAAGAGAAAGGACUAGUAGCAAGAUGUGCAACAGUGAGAAGGUGCAAGACUUGAAGAAGAAAAGCCCUGCAAUGGUAAUGGAAGAAGAUCCUCAGAUUCUAAUGCAGCAUCAACAAUUGAGGGCACCAAUGAUUCAACCUCUUGAGGAAUCUUCAAUGAGAUCAUCACCAAAGCUGUUUCAGCCUCAUCAUGUUGCAGCAGGAGGAGGAGGAGGAGGAAGUAGUGAAGUCCCCAGAGAUGAUUUCAAUGUUAUUGAGGAAUCCAUUGUGAUAAGGAGAAAGUUGAAGCAAUCUUUGAUGUCUUCUUCUUCUUCUUCUUCCAACAAUAAUCACCAUCAAAAUCAUAAUGUUAUCCCUAAAGAAGCAACAAACUUCAACAACAACAACAGUGACUACCACUGCUUUCCCAAUUUAUCAUCACCAAAUUGGGAAGCUAAUGCUUCUGCUGCCACUAAUAAUGGCCGCUCCAAUGUUUGCACAAUAUCAAGCAUGAAUCUGUCUACAAGGCUUCAGAUCUUUGGAAAGUCUUGGGAAGAGUGCACCAAUCCCCACCUAUGAUUAUAAGUAUGUUAGUUAAUUUUUCAGCAUUAUAUCUCUCUCUGAUCUGAAUGAAUGAAUCAAUGGAACUCUCCUAUUAUGCUUUGCAAGGAAUCAUUCAUAUGGAGGCAUCUUUCAUUCUGAUCUGUGUUUUUAUUUUUUUUAUUUUCUUCACCACCAACUUUUUUUUUUCCCUGUCCAAUAUUCCUUUUUGAACAAAUGUUUGUACUGAUCUUUUGGUUGUUCAAGGUCAGCCAAGCCAAGAAGGGCAUAUAUGACAGUUGGCACAAAAGGUUUCUGAAUGUGUGUUGUUUUGUUUCUGACCAAAUUUUUAAAGUUUGGUUCACAUUAUUAGUACAAACAUUAUAUAUAUUAUAUAUUUAUCACAGGAAUCAUAUAUAUUUAUCUGUGUUGUUACUUGUUAGUGUUUAUUAAAUAUAUUAUUACUUAGUACUUACUGAUCAUACAUAUUCUAUGUUGUUGGUGGAAACUUUGGAAGCAGCUAAAUUCUUUGGAGAAGGUGUAUGGUAGAAGAAAUUUCAAUGGCUUUUGAGCUUGUUUUUAAUCUUUUCAGUUUGAGAAAUAUAUAUGCUGGAUGGGAUAUGCAUUUGUUUAUUUUCACUGCAUAUUAAU